GGACGGACUACAUCUCCCAGAGGCCUUUGGGCGGGCGGGGGGUGGUGCGGUGUGUGCGCAAAGCCCCGCGGGGCUGAGGGUCCUGUCCUCCGAGAGCCUGGACCCGGGCUGUCUCUGCGUUCUCUCGGCCUGAGGAGGUCGGCUUGUCGAGCUCCCAGAGCCCUGCGUGUUUGCCCAGGCCGGCGGUGGAAGGAGCCUCAGCUGCCUGUCUCCUCUGAGUACCUGGGAUCAGAGGCCCAGGAGAAGCAGCAAAGAUGUCGAAUGAUCCUCCCCCUCCUUAUCCUGGGGGCCCCACAGCCCCCCUUCUGGAGGAGAAAAGUGGCGCUCCGCCCACACCAGGCCGCACCUCCCCAGCUGUGAUGCAGCCCCCGCCGGGCAUGUCGCUACCCCCUGCAGACAUCGGCCCCCCUCCCUACGAGCCGCCCGGUCACCCGACACCCCAGCCCGGCUUCAUCCCUCCACACGUGAACGCGGACGGCACCUACAUGCCUCCAGGUUUCUACCCUCCUCCGGGUCCCCAUCCACCCAUGGGCUACUACCCACCGGGGCCCUACCCACCUGGGCCCUACGCUGGCCCUGGGGGCCACACGGCCACGGUCCUGGUCCCCUCAGGGGCUGCCACCACCGUGACAGUGCUGCAGGGAGAGAUCUUCGAGGGCGCGCCCGUGCAGACGGUGUGUCCCCACUGCCAGCAGGCCAUCACCACCAAGAUCUCCUACGAGAUCGGCCUGAUGAACUUCGUGCUGGGCUUCUUCUGCUGCUUCAUGGGGUGUGACCUGGGCUGCUGCCUGAUCCCCUGCCUCAUCAACGACUUCAAGGAUGUGACGCACACGUGCCCUAGCUGCAAGGCCUACAUCUACACGUACAAGCGCCUGUGCUGACGGGCUGGGCCUGGACUCCCCGCUGUCCGUCUGGCCCCCCGUGCUUCGCCCCCCGCACUCAGUGGCUCACCUCCCUGCUCCCACUUGGGGGUGGAAGCCGUUCCACUGGUCCUCCCCUGGAAGUCUUGUCCUCUUCGCCUUGCCCUUCCCUGAGCAUCUGACUCUUGUGGCAAAAAUUCUGUUGGAUUUCAGGCCAAGGGUCAGCGAGUGGUGGGGGCUGGCACUGAGCUUGUGUGCUGCUGGCGUGCUAGGUAUUUGUGAUCAAGAAGACAAGAGGGAGUGGUCUCCUCACAUGGUCCUCCCUGCUGGGGUCUCUUCCUCCAUUUCUGUACCAGGUACAGGUUCGGUCCAGAGUCUCCCUGGGACCAAAAGCAGCCAGAGCGCGGUUGGUUCCCCAGACCAGGGCCUGCGGUGGGGCUGAGCCCAUAGCCACUGUCAUUUAUGAUCUGCUGGGCUGAGAGUAGCGGAUGGACCCAGGCAGGCCUGAGUUUGUGGAUGCUAGAGGCAGGCAUGAUGGUCAGAAGGAAUGACUCUGGCCCUCAGAACUCAGGAAUUCUUAUCUGUGCCCAGGAAUCACCUGGGGUAAAUAGAGGUCAGUACACCUGCAGGCCACGGGGUGAGGGACUGGACCCUAGCUUGCCAAGCAGGAAUUCUCCUUGGCCCCUGCCCAGCUGCCUUUCAUCCACACUGUUGUGAAGCCCGGCCUUUGCUGGGGCUGGAAGGAAUGCCCAGGAGCCCAGCCAUCUGGCUGUACCGUGUCCUUGCCACAUGUGGGCACAGCCUCUGCCUGGUGCCAGGUGGGACCAGAGAUGACAGAGCGGGGUUUCCCUGCAGGCCCUCUGGGUUCUGCAGUGCACGCUCCCAGUGCCCACAGGGCCCUGCACCCCGGCUGGUUCGCCAUCACUGCUCUCGCUCCAACCGCAGGCGCUGCAGCAGGAGCAGCCGUGGCGCCGGACUGGGGACAGGCUGGGGACAAUGAAGGAGCAGCCACAAGUGGCAGAGGUGCCCCGGUGGCCACCAGCCCUGCCCUGGGCCUGAGCACACACUGUUUCCUGAAGGGUUUGUCUGUGAACUUGCUCCCGUGGACCGCUGUAUCCUGCCGCCCCCUCCUGGUCUUGCACGGCCACUGCAUGGCCUCCUGUCACUGUGAACCGUGGCCAGUCUCAGUUGAUAGUUUCUCAUUAAAUUGGCCCUUUCACUCCCCUGCCUGAGGCCUCUGCUCUCUUGCCUGGCUUCCUUCUUUUGUGAGGGAAAGAGGGUGGGGGGCCUGCAGGUAGUUGGAAGGCAGGGGGUCAAGACCUCAGGGUCUCAGUGCUUCUGCUGAACCCACUACCCAAGGACGAUGAUGGUGUCUCAGUCCCUGGUUAAACCCACCGGAGCCCAACUGUGACUGCGCUAUCAGGCUUCCUUACUGAUAAUGUCACCUGUCUCCACAGCACGCACCUGCCCAUGGGGUCUGCAACCUGGAGACACCCCCCAGCCAGAGCUUGGGGUCAUCAACCCUGUGGGGAGGUACCCUCGCUCCCUUGAGCAGGGCAGAGCCACCGGGGCUGAGGCAUCGGGUCUGCAGGCUGCUGGGGCGGGCAGGCAGCUGGGCCCCCACCCCUCAUCUGACUUGUGAAGGCGGGUGGGCUUGGUCAGUUACUGAAAAGUGUUCCCACCAUUUAAUUCUUUUUUUAAGUAACACUUUCACAGAUUCUCAGUAUAUAGAAUAGGUAAUAAACUCUUAUUAAAAUAAAUACUUAAGUUCA